AUGAUUGAAACAGGCGAAAAAGCUAUUAUUGGAAGCUUAAAAAGAGCUCGCAGGACAGGAUAAUUAACAUUAAUAGGUUUGGAACUCAAAGAGUUUCCUAAAUAAAUAGCAUAGUAUCAGGAUUUGUAGCUGGAUGAUAACUGGUGGGAAAUAGCUCCUUUAACAAAGCUUGAUCUGUCGAAUAAUGAAAUUAAGUAGAUUCCUGAAGAUUUUACUCAUGAGAAGGAAAUUCAAUUAGUAAGAAUGCUAAAUAAUAAACUUUUUACGCUUCCAAAUUCUCUUUUUUAACUCACCUAGCUUAAAUCGAUAGAUUUUAGUAAGAAUUAAAUUAAAUAGCUCCCUUAUUCAUUAGUUUAAUGCCCUAGCUUAGUUGAAAUCAAUUUGAGCGAAAAUAAAAUAGAAGAACUUCCUAUGAAUAUGCACUACCUUUAAAACUUAGAAAUACUUAAUCUUUCAUAAAAUAACUUAAGAGCAGUACCUAUAUUUUUAGAGAAAACUCCUUUGAAAAAAGUGGAUUUAAGCGAGAAUAAAAUAUCUCACAUUCCUUAGCCUGCUUUUUCUGGAUGCCUACUUCUAGAAAACCUCAUUCUUUCUAAAAAUUUAAUUUAACAAAUUGAUGAGGGAGCAUUCUAAAAUUUGAAGUCUUUAGUCAAUCUCUAUUUAGAUUAAAAUAGGCUAGUUGAAUUUUAAGAAGUUCCAUAAAGUGAAAAACUAGAUUAGCUUGUGCUAUCGUAUAACAGGAUAGAAAGUUUUACUUAAUUUGAAAAUAUUCCUAAUCUCUCAGCGCUUGUAAUUAACAAUAAUAAACUAAAAAAUUUAGAUAAGAGUAUCCUUAUCUGCAAGAAUAUCAAGACUUUGGACCUAACUAAUAACGAUUUACCUGAUAUUCCCUCAGAAAUAGGGUUAUUACCUAAAUUAGUUCGUUUUACAGUUGAAGGAAAUCCUCUUAAAUGCAUAAGAAAUACAAUUAAGAAUGCUGGAGCAGAAGCAAUAAAAAAAUAUCUGCGUGAUAGAAUUUAAGGAGAUUACACAUAAGUAGAAAGCGCUAUGGAUCCAAAGAUGAAUUUUAUAUAAAAAAAACUGGAUCCUAUUGAAGUUUUAUUGAGAGAAUUCUAUAGAAACAAUGAGUUUAUUGUUUCAAAUUAAAAUUUAACUAAGUUUGAUGAUGAGCGUCUUUAUAACUUGAAGGGAUUAACCCAUUUGGAUAUUUCUAAUAACAAAAUUUAAAUUAUACCUGAAUAGUUAGUCAAUUAUGAAAAAUCAUUGAGUAAAUUACAUGCCAAUAAUAACAAUUUAAUAGCUCUUCCUUAAUCUAUUCUUCAGCUGAGAUAACUUUAAAGCUUAGAGUUUAAACAAAAUAACAUAGAAUACUUUUUUGAUAAUAAUUCUUAAUUAAAGUAAUGUUGGCAAGUAUUUCCCAAUCUAUAACACUUGGAUUUAAGUAUUAAUAAGUUAAAGAGUAUUAGUGGCUUAAUUAUAAGCUUUAUGCCUAGCUUAAGAGUUUUGAAUUUAGCAUACAAUUAAAUAUCUGAUCUUUCACCUCUGUUUUCUACAUCAGCAAAAUUGAAUAAAUUAGAAGUCAUUGAUGUCUCCAAUAAUUCACUACAAGAAUUGAGUGAAUAAAUUGCAUAUACUCUACCAAUGCUUCAAAAUCUUAACCUAGAAAAUAAUAACUUAUAAAAAAUACCAACAGAAUUAGGUUUUAUGAAACUAAAAACAUUAAAAAUUGAUGGAAAUCCUUUAAAACUAAUAAAGAGAGCUGUAAUUGAAAAGGGUACAGUAUCUAUUUUAGAUUAUUUAAGGACUCGCCAUGUUGGUAAUCCGCCAACUGAUUUAGCUUGCAUGAGACCAGUUGUAGAGGAAAUAGAAGAACAACCAGAGCAACCUCAGGCAAAUAUUUUAAGAAAUAAUGAUUAUCAGUAUAGAAGACAAAAUCAUUAAUAUGGUUAACUUUAAUAGCAGCCUGUUCAAUAAUAGUAGCCCAACUAUGGGUUCGGUAGAGGGAAUUUGUUUAAGUAAAAUUAAAAUGAUUUGCUAUUCUAAUAAUAGUAAUCAUAUAAUUAAGAAAGAGGAGGGUUUUAAAAGGUUGGAAAUAUGGAAGUUGAAAACUAUUCAAUGUAAUACACUUCUUAGUAAAAUCAAGUAAACCAACAAAGAAGCUUUGAUUAAGUAAAUCAAGGAUAUAAUAAUUAGCAAUAAUUUAAUAGAAAUAUGUAAGUCGAAGACUUAGCCUACAACAAUAAUCCUAACGCAGGUUAAAUUAAAAGAGCAAAUAAAGCUGAAAUUGAGAAGCAGAUUUAUUUAAUAAAUGGAUCUAUAUCGAAAUUAGAGAAUGAACUUGCUGAAAACUUCUCGCUAAAUAAAUUUUAAAUUAAUGAAAAAAGAAAAGAACUUUAAGCUCUUAAAUUGUAAAGAAGCAAGCUCUAAUAAGAUUUGUAAUGA